UUCAAGAGCCAUUUCUGAAUGCAACAACCAUGGCUGGAGAUACAAGAAAUGAUUCAGGUGCAAACCCGUUCGCAGCUCUUUUGGGAGCCCAAGGUGGGCAAGCCGGAAAUCAGGCAACUAGUCCUCCAGUUACUGGUUCUGAGACAACUGCUAAUCCUCCCGCUCCCAAUACUAAUCCACUUCCGAAUCCUUGGGCAUCAGCUGGCACUGGAGCCGCCCAAAUGAAUACCACUGCUAGGUCAAAUGCUGCUGCGGAUACUAGGGCACCCCCUCUUGGUGGCUUUGGCGCUUUGCCAGAUUUGCAGCGAAUGCUAGGCGGCAUGCCUGAUGCCUCUUCUCUAAAUCAGUUAAUGCAGAAUCCAGCCAUCUCACAGAUGAUGCAGUCUCUCCUCUCAAAUCCUCAGUACAUGAACCAGAUUUCUGGGUUCAACCCGCAGCUAAGAAGCAUGCUUGAUUCCAACCCCCAUCUCAGAGAAAUGAUGCAAAACCCUGAAUUUAUUCGUCAGUUGACGUCCCCUGAGACAAUGCAGCAAGUUAUGAGUCUACAGCAAGGGCUAUUGUCUCAACUUGGUCGGCAGCAAACAAACCAAGGACAGGGUCAAGAUGCUGGCCGAACAGCAUUUGACAACAUGGGAAUGGAAAUGCUGAUGAACAUGUUCGGUGGACUUGGGACGGGGGGAUUGGGUGUACCCAACAGAUCCAAUGUGCCCCCAGAGGAAUUAUACGCCACUCAGUUAGCCCAGUUACAAGAAAUGGGUUUUUUUGACACUCAAGAAAAUAUCCGGGCACUUAUUGCCACUGCAGGGAAUGUGCACGCUGCGGUAGAGCGACUUCUAGGGAACACUGGACAGUAGUGUAUGGAUAUUCUCUUUUGUACGACUAUAUAGCUCCUGGUGGGGACAGAUGAAAUUGUUGAUGUGGACAGAAGAAGCAUCAAAUCUUGGAUAGAAAUAAAUUUGUGGAGUUUGAUUUUUUGGAACGAACUCUCAUCUCAUCCCCCAUUGUCUCUUACCUCGGGCCAAAAAGGGAAAAAGUUCUUCAGUUCAUUGUACAUACAAUGUUAAAAUCAGCCCCUUAAAUUGUUCAUUAUAAUAUGAUAUAUCGUACAAUUUACUGUAGCAUUUCCUUUUCGAUUUUCUAGUUUGAACAUUAUGCUGGAUGUUAUCUGCCUGCUGUAUUUGUCUAUUUUGGUUUUGUGCUA